AUCUGGUCUCAUUCUCGCCUCGGGAAAGCAAGACAGUCGGUGGACGCAUGAAGGCCCUAACAACCCCGUCACGGGAGCUAACCCGUGUCUCCUGCAAAGAACACUGAAACCUGGACCGGGCGUGCAACCUGCAUUGUGAGCAUCUGCGCGGCAUGCUCGCCAGCGUCCUUCGCCCCUGCAGACGCCAAGACCCGAGGCGCGAGUUGGGGCAGGGACGAGGAGAAGGGCAAGGCUGGGGUGCGGGGAAAGCACGCGACGAUCGAUCACGACAUAAUACAAGUGCCGCCUCCUGAUUUGGAAGGAGUGUUCGCCGUUUCCACGUGCAGUCGCCGGAAGGCAUAUAUAAGGCCCGGAUGCUAUGACUCUGCAUUCGCCCUCAUCGCGUCUUGCCUCUUACCAAGAUGUCUCUCGACGCAAAGGAAUACCCCGUCGAGCUCCUCUUCGCGAUCAGCGCCUAUGUCUACGCCGCUUGUUUGCCCCCCUGGGAGUGCUCGCUCGACCCUUUACUGCAGACGGACUGUCAAUUUGCGCCCAAGGCUCUCCCUUCCUCCCACCCCUCCGCCUACUGGUCCGAGCCCGACUCCCGCCGGACACUUGCUAGCCUCUGCCUCGUGAACCGCGCAUGGUACGCUGCCGCACGGCCAUGGCUAUACCACAAGCUCGAGGUGCGGAUGCCGCGCAGCUGGCUCUCCCUCGUAGAGCAGAUUGCUUGGGACUACGAAGAAGAGACCGUCGACAUGGUCAUGGACCACACCCUGCAAGCCGCGGCACGCGUCGCACUCGCCUCUGCGCACCCUGGAGUUCCCCUCGAUGACGACGCACGGCUCAAGCUUCAACAGAGCAUUCUCCAAACCCUGGACGGGCCUGACGAAUCCAUACCCCCAGAGCUCCUCUCGCCUGCCAUCUCUCGGGAGCCUAGCCCGAGACGCAUACGCCCCAAGAGCAAGAGCCCCGCCCGUUGGCAGCUCAUCCAGUCCAUUAGUGACGCCAUUCGAGACGUCUUCGAGCGCCGGGAGCCCAACGUCUACAUACCAACCCCUGACGAUCCGCGUCCCGGGAGGUUCGUGCAUCAUCUCGACUUCAACCAUUUCCGGACCAUCGGGCUGCGCCGAUCGGUGAGCGAAGGCGUCAACAGCCGCUUCGUCACAGGCGAUCGCGUGGAGGCAAUUUUGAAGGAAAUGCCGAACCUGAUGACCUUUGGCGCGACGGAGUACAUGGAUGGUGCGCUGACAGGCAGGGUUCUCAAUGAGCUCUUCCUGCGCGGUGCAGCGUCGCAGGGGCGUGGUCGGCCGAUGCGUGGACGCGCCUUGGCGAUCGCGGACCCGAACGACACGGAGGAGGACGACCGCGAGCGCAGGCGGGAGUGUCGGGAGCUUCAGGCGAUCGACUUCACGGGCUGCGUGAGCGCGGUCUUCAUCAACGCGCUGACCGAGUUCGUCGAGCGCAACAUGGCUACUGACGACGACGAGAGUGGUGACGACCACCAGUCGCGGCGCGGUUCCUCUGAGGACCCUCUGAUUCUCCCGGGCCUGCGUCGGCUCAAUAUGCGUGCUAUCAAGCCUCUUUCCUCCCGGACCCUACGACUCUUUGUCAUGGCCUGCCCGUCCUUGACUCAUCUCGACCUCUCCGCGACGCGGGUAGACCCGGAGCUGCUGUACGAGCUCGGCCGCUCGACGACCGUUCGCUUGAGGUCACUCGCCCUUGCGCGCUGUGUCAGACUCACCGGCGAAAGCAUCACGGACUUCCUCAUCAACUCUCCCGUCACCAGCGAGCUUACUGAGCUCAACCUGUAUGGCGACGCCACCUUCAUCUCGCCCCUCUCCGAAGACGACAUGAUGCGGCUUGUCACCCAGGCUCCCUGCAUGACUCGUGGCGAGCUUGCCUACCUAGACGUCUCCAGCACGCCCAUGACUGCCGAGCACCUGGCGGCUCUCCGACCGCAGCCCAAGCUUCGCUCGCUUGGCUUCUCCCACCUGUCUGAGCUCCCCCUGCCCAGCAUCUCCGACUUCCUCGCCAACAAGGCCCCGAACGUUGAGGUGCUCACCCUCGUCGGGACCUCGCCCGAGCUCGUCUACGCCCUCCGUCCCAGCGCGCCGCGCGGCUCUGUCCGCACGGCCUCCAUCGCCCUGCACACGCACGUCAUCCGCCCGCUCUGCACGCCGCCCUUUGUCUCCUGCCUCGCCGGGCCCGCGGACGCGCCGCCUCCCGCGCCGCCGACCCGCCUGCGCGUCAUCGAGCUCUCGACCGCGAUGCUCACUGCGCUCGGCGCGGGCGCAGGCGCGUGGCGCAUCAUCCGGAGCAAGGGUGGCCGCGGGUGGUACGUCGACACCGCGAGCGGCUGGUGCGACGGCGUGCUCGUGCGCGACCUGGAGGAGAGCCACCCGAUGCGGGCAGAGCUGCAGUGGCUGGCGGACGCGCACGGCAAUGUGAGCAGUGGGGUCGGGUGGCACGCGAGGAAGAUGGAGGUGCUGCAGGGCUAUGGCAUGCUGGGGCGGGAGAAUGGCAUGUAUGGCGCCGUCUCGUUUGCCUUCCAGGGCUAAAAUUGCGCGAUCGCUGAGCGGUCGCUCCCGUUCUCUUCAUUCACCAUGGUAGCGUCUGCCUUCACCUACCUUUUCAUGUUUAUUUGCCCAUGACUUAGGAGGAUCGUUUCUCACUGUACCAUUACCUGCACUUUCAUGUCGUCCAUCUGCUUUCCAUCACGUUCCUAUUCUGCUCUGCUGCUAUCUAUCCUCUAUCCCACUAAUGGUGCUGCUGUUGUACAUUGUCUGCAAUCACAACUUCCGAUAGUUUGGAUCAUUCCUAGAACUGGCCUAGUGGAAGCUUGUCAGUCGUAAAGUCCUGUAGGCUGGUGCGUAUGGUGAAAUAGUGUUCACCUCCUUGUCGAGUGUUUUUCAGCUGCUGCUAUGGUAGAAUCAGCACAUGGCUACAUAACAGCCAUUUUCUUGCCUC